CCGCAACUGGAAUAGAUCCGACUACGGACGAACAAUACAGCUCACUGUUCAACAAUUUUACGUUCUUUUACAUGUGCUUUUAAUAAAUGAGUGCUAACACCGAUGGAGUUAACCCAAUCUUUCCGGACGUGUCGUGUUUUGUUUGACAUUUGACAGUUUUGAUCUGACCCGCCAUGUGACUUAACCAUUGGAGGAUCUAGAACGGUAGAAUGAACGGUACCAAUAUUUUCGGCGGUUUCAUGAAUUGGUCCUCGGUAGCAUCAUGGUUUUCAGAGUCCAAGUCUUCCGGUCUUUCAACAGCAAUGGAAGAAUCUGACCGAUAUUCAGAUACAAGCGUUACAAAAAGUACAGCAGCCGAUUGUACCAAAGAACAUAUUUCAAGAGAGGCCAAAAACUGUAAUGGAGAAAGAAUUCUACAAACUCCCAAAAUAGCCACGGCCAUCAAAUGUACUUUGCCAAACUGUUCUUGUGAUUGUUUCAUCCCAGGAAUCAAACAAAUUCGUUAUUGUGAAACUUGCAAACAUGGCUGGGUUCCCCAUGCUUUGGACAAGUUAGGAGUGCGACAUCUCUUCAGUAACAGUGCCCCUGAGCCGGUUCAGCCUAAUGCCGCUUUCGAUAUAGCAAGUUUAGUUCUUUACGGUUGUUCAGCGCUUCCUAUACGACUGAAAAUCCUGUUGGAUCGGUUGUUUUCUGUGCUUCAUAAGGAUCAAGUGGUGCAAGUUUUGCAUGGAUUUGGCUGGACACCUAUCGAUUACGCCAGAGGAUAUAUUUUGCAGGAGACACACGGCAGCACUCUGGACCGAUGGACAAUCUGCAGCCCUGAGGAGGAGCCUUUGGUCCUCCAGCAAUUCCUCAGAUUCGGAGAAACGAGAGCAAUAACGCAACAAUUACUAUUGGCGCAACAAGCCCUUCAGGAAUCCAAUCUGGAGCGGCUGGAAAAGCGUCAUUCACCAAACCAUCGUCGGGUGAUGUCCCCAAAUCGACGACCAUCACCACCAGUUUUACCCCCUUCAGCUUUCCAUCUAUCCCGGAUGCCAACAAUGUCUCCUCAUCAGAAAUAUCCGCUCCCUUUUCUGAAAAUGCAUUCUUCGAACGGACCUUUGCCGUCAAUUUCCCCUCCAAGAAGCAUGAAUAGCAGCUCGAUGAACACAUCGCCCCUCAACCGUCUCCAGAGUAUGCAACCCUUCGAUUUCCGUAAACUUGGCGCUGGUCUGGCCAAUUUCCCCAAUAGAGUCAGUCCAGACAUGAAUCGUAGAAGAACUUCCGAGAAUGAGAACAUGGGAUUGAAUCUUACCAUGUCUACAUCUCUGCCGACUUGUCUACCUCCUCCACCACCACCAACUUCAACCCUUAGUCACGUAGCCUUGGCUGCUGCUGUCAACCCUCUGGCAGCUAGUUUGGUAGCAUCCUCAUUUCCUAGUCUAAUGUCCGCCAGACUUUCCACUGGAAGCAAAUCACCUUCAAACUCCGAUUUAAUCAGUGGCAACAUCAACAGCGAAGAAGACGACGACAAAGACGAGAAUUCGCACAGUGCUCUGAACCUCAGCAGGGACAGGGACUCAUCCAAAGAUGGUCAACUUUCAUCAAGCGUAGUACCUGGAAGGAAAAUGACGACACCGGCAAAAAGACAGUGGACUUCCCCUAGUCUUCCUUUAAAUUUGGGAACGCAGUUUAUAAAUCCCGCUACCGGCAAGAAACGCGUGCAAUGCAACGUAUGUUUGAAAACGUUUUGCGAUAAAGGUGCCCUCAAAAUCCAUUUCUCAGCAGUUCACUUACGCGAAAUGCAUAAAUGCACCGUUGAAGGGUGUAAUAUGAUGUUCAGUUCAAGAAGAUCCCGCAAUAGACAUAGUGCAAACCCGAAUCCUAAACUUCAUUCGCCGCAUCUGCGUCGAAAGAUAUCACCGCACGACGGUCGAAGUGCACAAUCGCAUCCUAUACUUAUCCCACCUCAGUCAAAUCUUGGUCUACCUUCUGCAGCAGCUCUAAAUCCUCUGAAUCCGUUUGGACCGUUCCCUCUUAUCAACCCAACUGGAGACCUGAGACAUCAUUCAGCUUUAGCGAUGGAAUUCAAGCAAUCCCUCGAUUUGAGCAUGCAACGGAUGGAAGAACAUAAGAAUUUCCUGAACGAUUGCGAUCCACUACCACUUACUGCAAGUAACAACAACAACGACAGACAGCAAAUGGAAGAAGACGAUGAAGAUGAAGAGGGUAUAGUCGUUGUCGGCGGUAUAGACGACUACGAACGUGAAAAGAACGAAGCAUCGAACAGUGAAAUCUCAGAUCAGCCAGAAGAUUUCAGCAUACCGUCGAAAAGACCGAAAACAUCAGUGUCCGAUGUAGACGAAGAAAUGACUGAUAACAUCGAUAGUAACGAUGAUUCGAUUAGUGUUACGGAUAACGUCAGUGUAAAAGACGAAACCCACGUACAAACAAAUAAAAGGAAGCGGAAAAGUCAGAAUCCGACACGAUGUGCCGUUCCUGUUUUGAUGGAAGAUACCGCUAGUGAUGGUGAUUCGACCAGUGAUGUGUUUUCAGAGAGGAUUACUAGUAACGCCAAAAUGAAUGUUGAAAAUAAUACGGCUGUGACUGAACCAAACAAAGAUGUAGAAGGAAGGUUGUCUCCUUUGAAUUUGGAAAAGCGAUCUGCGGAUGAGAAUGCUAACGAACCUGAGAAGAUCGUGGCUAACGAGAUCAAAACUAGUAUUGCGCCACUGUAUUCGAUGGAAAAAAUGAGGAAGGAGAAGCAGCCAGUUUCUGAGGCAGAACCUAGUGACUACAGUUGCGAAGGAGAAAGAGAAAGGCCAAGUAGUUCCGUUGAAAGUAACAAGAGCGACGAAUCUUUCGACUCCUCCAACGCGCUCAGACAUUUAGAGAGUUUGUCACAUGGACAUUUCGGCGAUUUUAUGAGCAGAAGUCUUCAUCUUGGUUUGACCGGUCAAGGAUCCCAGUUCCCUCCUCUGGGAUUCAUGAUGGGUGGUGGACCUCCAAGCCCAGCCCGUUCUCAGACCUCGUCAGCCGGAAGUUCGAACGGUAAUGAGUCAGCAGAUGAGAAUAGUCAAAAUCAAUUUUUUGGACAUUUUGACAAUGGCCAAUUCAUAAGUACAAUGGAUGUUCCAAUAGAUAAAGAUAAUCCAAGGCGAUGCACAGCUUGUGGAAAAAUAUUUCAGAACCAUUUUGGUGUGAAAACGCAUUAUCAAAAUGUUCAUUUGAAAUUGAUGCAUAAAUGCAACGUAGACGGUUGCAAUGCAGCAUUCCCUUCGAAAAGAAGUAGGGACAGGCAUAGUGCGAAUCUGAAUUUACACAGAAAACUGUUAUCGACAUCUUCUGAUAACCCGGCGAGUUCCUUAUUAGAAAAAUCUCCAUUUGCUUCCAUUUCAGGUAAUCCGGCACUGCAUGGAGAUUUUCUGAGUCGACUGUAUGCUGAAGAAGCCUUGAAGAAUCACCACCUGGUUCCGCCAACUUUAGAUCAACUCAUGUUGAAUGGUGAUCGUAUUCCUCCCCCACCUCUACUGCUGCCUCCCUUAGGAGGUCUUCCUUUCCAUCUUGGUAACUUCAGUCACUUCCCUCCCUUCAACGGUACCUUAUCAAAGAAAGAACGUUCCUCAAGUCCUAGUUCGCCCAUGUCUGGCUCACCUCCUCCAAAUUCAUCUCCAAGUCCUGUCAAGUACAUCCACUGCGUGGAGGAAGAUCUUCCGACGGCUGACAAAGAUGGUAAACUACCCUGCCGCAUUUGUCGGACGGCGUUCAGUACAACAGCACAGCUGAAGGACCACUGUGAGAAAAACCACCUCUCGGACAUGUUCAAAUGUACCGUAGCUAACUGCCCCAAAGUUUUCAUGUCCAGGACGAGAAGGAAUAUUCAUUCUGAGAAUGAUUCCUUGCACACGAAUUUGAGUCGAAAGAUGAUCGAGCCGUCGUGACCUCUAACGAACUUUCUGAAUAUGAGAGCUGUUCCUUUGUGGUGGUGAUUCAAUCAUUAGUAUUUGGAAUUUAUUUCUUGAAUGUGAUUUUUAAAUAGAUAUUUUAUUUUCGAAGUCAGUUUCUACCUUAUUUAUUAUGCUUGUAAAAAAUAUCGUUUACUUUUCCAGUGAAACUCUCAGUGUAUAGUAGCCAGUCGUAAAAAAUACUCAUUGUACAUAAAAAAAUAUAAUAUAAUUAAUGUAGCUAGAUGAUCCUUCGUAUUACUGUAUAAGCGUCAAAGAACUUGCUCAUUUUUGUAAGUACUCCACACUUUAUCCACUUCGUGAAGUGCAUAGCUGUUCAAAGUAAAUUUUGCUUGUAAACUACCAUUGAACUGAAAACUAGUUGGAGUAAAAUACAGUUAUGUAUAUUCAAUGUGCAAUAACUUUGUGAAUAAAGCUAUCUUGCCUAUUAAUGUAUAGUUGUAAAUAAAACAUUAUAUUUAAGAUCUAUAUAAGGAAUUUUGUUCCUUAUCCUCCAGAAUAUGUAUACGAAGAUCACUGUUCUAUGAUUUCCCCAUCCCAUAUAUAAAUUUAAAUUCCAGAUUUGUUAUACCAAAUUUAACCAGUUACUUAAGAAGUUGGGAAUUGUAUAAAAUAUAGAGAUCUCUUAACUGUCAAUGUUAUUUGUUAUUGCAUAUCCAAUGUACAGUAAUCCGUAUGUAUAGCCUUUGGGCUCUAUUAAACUUAUAGCUGUCGUA